CUGUCCUGCAGAGUUUAGUUCCAACCCUAGUGGGUCUCCAGGAGCAGGGUGGACGACCUAUGCUCUAAAAUAUAUACUCCUCAAGCCUCAAGUGUAUAUUGUUGGGGGUAAAAACUAGGUGAUGGUCACCAGUUUUCAUUUUAGGCAACCAGAUGUUUCCUGUGCUCUGAGAAUGGAAGUGAGUUUUGUUUUUCUAACAGCUUGGUUUAUCUAGCACUCAUCUGCAUUUCUACUGGGGUUAGCAGUAAUGUCAACCACAGCAACCAGGGUCCGACGUCACAUGCGAGCAGAGUUUCCUGCAUAGGUACUGGAGUUUCUGAACAGACAUGUAUCCAGUCACUUGCUCAAGCACAAGCAAACCAGCCACACAGGACAAUCAAAAAUCACUGUAUGUCAAGAUUUUGAGGAGCAGCGGUCAGCAAGUGUACACCAUUUAUUUUUUUUGGCUGUCACAAUGUUGCAGGAAGGCAAUUUAACCACCAAUGAGUCCUGUCAGAUUCAUGAUGGCAUAUUGUGGCCAUUCUUGCCCAUCGGCUACAUUCUCAUUUGUUGCAUUGGUCUGCUCUGUAACACCGUCACCCUCUACAUAUUUUUCCUUCGGCGGCAUACAGACUCUUCCAUGGCCGUGUACAUGCGGCACCUUGCCCUGGCGGACACCCUCCUGGUCAUGUGUUUGCCCCUGCGAGUUUACUACCACAACAAAGAAGGUCCCUUCUACUUGUGCAAGGUGGUGGGCAUCUUUUUCUACAUCAACAUGUAUUCCAGCAUCCUGUUCCUCAGCCUCAUCAGUCUGGAUCGCUAUUUAAAAAUCAUCAAGCCUGUUUGGGUCUUUCGAAUCCAAAAGACAAAGUGGAGCCGCACGGCAAGCUACAUCGUUUGGGUGAUCCUCAUUUUAGGAUGUAUUCCCUUUUUUUCAAGCAACAGUCAAAAACAUCCGUGUGACAAGAUUUGCUUCCACUUCCACAGCAAAGGACCUGUCAGUGGGAUCAUUAACCUGACAACAGUGGUGCUCUUCCUUGUUUUUUAUGUAGCCUUUCUUUGUUUUUACGUGAAGAUCACUAAGAAACUCAGCACUAUGUCCAUGGGUAAUGGUGACCCUAAGGCACAGAGUCGCAAAAAGAUGGUCAUCAUAAAGACUUUCUUAGUACCAGCCAUUUUUACAUUGUGUUUCUUGCCCUACCAUGCAGUACGAAUACCAUACGUUCUGGCUCAGCUGAAUGUGAUCGGAGAUCUUCAUAGCCAACAAUUGUUGCACAUCUUAAAUGAGAGUACUUUGCUAUUGUCUGCUCUAAAUAGUUGCCUAGACCCAAUUAUCUAUUACUUCUUAUCCAGUGCAUACAGGAAAACAAUACUUUGUGCCAUUCAGGGCAAGUUUAAAAACAUGCAUGCUUUAAACAGAAGGAGAAUCAGCAUAAACCGCUCACUCACUGAAAUUUAGCAUUAGUCACAGCUUGGGUACACGUGACUUAAUAUGUAUCAAAUGACCAUAACACAUGUUUAUACAGUAUUUGUAUAAACCUGUAAGGCAUAUGUAUUCGUGUGUGUGUGUGUGUGCGCAUGUGUGUGUGUGUGACAGUUCUAACAUCGUUGAUAAGAUUUGUGAUAUUUCAUACUUUUGAUCAUUUCACUAUUAUUCUAAAAUACAAAUAAUGAUAAUAACAAUCAAGAAUUAUAAGUUUUGUCCAAUCCUCUGAAUGGCAGUUUAAGUGUAUUUAAGUAUGUCUUGUUUUUCUGUAAAUAAUGAAUAUGUAGCUGCAUUUUCUCUUAAGCAGUGGUUCUCAAAUUAUUUUCCUUUGAUGUAAAUUUUGUGGUGGUGCCCAAAAACAAUAUCAAAAUGGUUUAUCCAAAAUCAAACAUGGAUACAUAUCAGUAUGAAAUUGUACAGGUCCAUUCAUGAUACAGGCUGAAUAGGAAAAUGAGCAUUUGGUUUCAAAAUGUGUUAUUUAAACAUGCUAAAAUGUGUGGCAGUUUAUUAUUAUUAUUAUUAUUUUAAAUGAUAGAUUGGAUGCACAGCUGUUAACUUUAACAGCAAGACAUGGGAAGUAUUGAUUUAUAGCUCAACUGUACACUAUUAUAUUUGUUUUGCUUUGUUUAAUUAUCUCCCUCUAUCCCCUGUGUGUGUGUGUAUAUAUAUAUAUAUAUAUAUAUAUAUAUACACACACACACACACACACAGCAUUUUAAAUUUUUUUACUGUCUGUGACCUAGAACUGAUGUGCAACCAACCAGUUGAGAACCACUGAGUAGAGUACUCUGAGUGUACAUUUGUGGAUAGACUUUUUAGAUUUCUUUCAUGGCUUUAUUUAACUGAGAGAAUGACCUAUAUUUAUGAUAGUUAUAAUAUGUGAAAUAAGAAAAAAAAAAACUUUUGUAAAUGUUAUGGGUUCCCCCUAUUGUAAUAGAUUCUGUGUGGUUGAAAUGGGUGCUGUUGUGUUAUGAGUGUAACCCAUGUUUGUGGUGGUAGAUUCUGUAUGUGUACAUUCCUCUAAACGUGAGAGCAACGUGGGAAAAUACUAAAUGUUGUUCAUAAUCAAUAUAUAUAUAUAUAUAUAUAUAUAUAUACACAUUUGCACUUUUUUUGUAUUAUUUAAUUAUUUAAACAAUUUAAACUUUUUUUUUUUUUUUAAGAAUUUGGUUGAAUGUUUGAUUUGAUUUUGUUGACAAGUAACUGAAAACUGAUUGAGAUCAACCAUGUUGCAUACUGCAUUACUAACCUAAAAAAUUACAAAUAAUAUAAAAUGGUGUAUAUUUUUUUUCUGUUAUAAAAUGCAUUACUGUCUGCAUGCCUUUCUUCAUGUUCUUUAUAAACUGUGUAUGUACAUAUUAAUACAUGUCUG